UAAAGAAGAAGUCGAAAAAGAAGAAGAAGAAGAAAAAGUCGAAAAAUCAACAGUUGAUAAAGAAGAAGUAGAAAAAAAGAAGAAACAGAAGAAAAACCAACGGUUGAUAAAGAAGAAGUAGAAAAAAGAAAAAAAACCAACAUUUGAUAAAGAAGAAGUAGAAAGAAAGAAGAAGAAACAGAAGAAAAACCAACAUUUGAUAAAGAAGAAGUAGAAAAAGCAGAAGAAGAAAAACAAGAAGUUUAAAAAGAAGAGAAACAAGAAGUUGAUAAAGAAGAAGAGAAACAAGAAGUUGAAAAUAAAAAGAAGUAGAAAAAACGGAAGAAGAGAAAUAAAAAGUAGAAAAUAAAAGAGAAGAAGAAAGAAGAAUUUCAUUCCAUAAAAAGUGCAGAAGCAUCUUCCAAAUGAUGAUCAGCUCCUUCCGAAGAGUUCGCAAAAAAUGAAGCUAAAAAUCAUCAAGGACCAAAAUUAAGAAAAGAAGAAAUUUUCUUCCUCAAACCUAAUCUUCCAUACUAAAUUCCAAACAAAAAACAAUAUUCCAAAAAUUUCAUAAUCUUCCAAGAAAGAAGAAGAAGAAAUAACGAAAAUGUUCUGCUUCCAAAGACCAUUUUCCCGCACAUCACGUGGCGUUGUCACAAAUUCCCACACAAAUUCCCAAACAACAAACAAGGACGAUCAUCCGGAAACAAAACGUCGCGGUUCCGAGGCAACAAGCGAGGGUUCCGGUUCAUCGUCAAUCCGUUAUAUUGAUCAAGAAUUAUCAAUAUCCGGUGGUAGUAGUACCGACACAUUGCCCGGCAUCAAAGCCGAUUAUCUCGAGAAUGAUCCUUUAUCGCCAGGUCCCGAUUCCCUAAUUAUUACAUCGCCCAGUAUAAAUGUAAUUAAAGUCUCCAACGGUCAUCAGGAACUUGUCCUACAUCCCGAUGUGAAUUACGACAAGACAUCACAUCGCAACGAUACAAACAAUCAUCAUCAUCAUCAUCAUCAACAACAACAUUCCAAUAAUCAAACAGAAAAAACUCGUUGGCGUAAAAAGCUUCUUCUCCGUAUUCGCUCGUCGGACUCGUCAAAUUCAAGUAAUGGGGAAUUACGCAGUUCAUCCCCAUCGCCAGCCAGUGAAUCGACACCAUCCUCAGGCGCAUCAUCAUCACGUAAUCCGGAUUUAGAUCGUCGUGAUUAUCUCAAUGUUCCCGGUGCGGGAAUUUUUGCGGUCAAUGGAAUUCCAUUGGUUAAUGGUUUCAGCGAUCAGGAGGACGAGGAGGAUGAGAAGGAUCUUGAACUGGAGGAAGAGGAGGAGGAAGAGGAGGAGGAGGAAUUUGAUGACUAUGAUAUUUGUAAUCAGGAAACGGAAACAGAAGAUGGCUCGUCAAUGCCAUCGAGUCCGGCUGCGGCGUCAACGGUGGGACUUAAUUCAACGUCAAUUCCUUACUAUGGAUUUUUAUCGGUGAAUGGCGGUGCAAUGAGACAGGAAUCAACGAGUACAAGUUCACCGCAAUUAUCGACGGAUGUUAAUAAUCAAAUGGAUGAGCUGCCCGCUAAGGAGCCGGAUACGGGAAGUUUGCGAGAUGACAGCGACACUAUUGACAGUAAAUGUCUAUUGAAACCGGAUAAUUUAGAAGCAACGGCUUGUUUACCAGUGGCGCGUUCGUGUCCAAAUUUGGAACGACAGAGUGCUGGUUUUUUGAGUACGAGUGGAUCGUCGAGUCCAAGUCCGGGACCGGCUGGACCACGUUUCAAGCCAUUGGAGGAGGGCGACAUUCAAGUUUGCUAUCUCAAUCAUACACGCACACUUGUCAGUAAAAUUCUGUCCAGUAAAUUUUUGAGACGAUGGGAAACGCAUCAUCUUUAUCUCAACGAUGCCUGCCUCUCUUCUAAAGCGCUCUCUGGAUUUUUACAACAACCAGUUCCGUAUAGUUCAAUGUCUGAAGUUUAUGCCGUUGCAAGAUGGGAUCCAAAUUACAAAUAUUGUUUGAGAAUCGUUCUUCCCGAUGGAUCGCUUUUGCUCCAGGCGAGCAACGCUUAUACAAGGGACCAAUGGUACCAUUCUAUCCUCUGGAAGAAAAGUAUUUACAAAUAUCAACACAUGGUCUCAGUGAGCACCAGGGAGGAAGUCAUUCUCCGCGAAUUAAAAACCCUGGUUGACUUCGCCUUGUGGACUCCCCUUCAGGAUGAACGUGUUCCUGGAGCGCCACUUGAGGCUGUGGCGAAACUUUUGGAAGAUCCCGUCGUUAUCGAAGCUGACGUGAAAAAUGCAGACAUUGACGAGAUAAAGGAGAAGAAGGGACGAAGCGACAGGAGAAGUUGGGCGGAGGCAGUGUUGGCGGUGGCGGCGCCACUUUUGGAGAAGGCAGCACCACCACCGAGUUUGACACGAGUCCUAUCGAAAUUAGCCCAACGACAUCCUCGCUCGCCAUUGGUCCACGCUCUCAGUCCGGCAAUCACACGAUGCUUGAAGCACACUGUCGAUUUUGGAAAAUCGCCCGACAUGCGGAAGUUACUUCAAGUGUUUGUCGCAGCAAUCUAUGAGAAUAAUGACGGCGAGAAGGCAAUUCGCGAAUACAUUGCGUCCGUUCAUGGUCCAGGAAGUGACUGUCCACAUCCACGAGUGCUGCCGAAUUUAGUUUCAAUUUGCGUCGCUGCCAUUUUUCACAGGUUCGAAGUGGGAAAUCGAGAUUCUGUGAAUGAGGACAAAACUGUCGAGUUGCCACCUUUGAGUUGUUAUCUUCUUGUCUUAAAUGUGGCUUCGGAAUACGCUGAUUGGCGACCGGGACUCUCGGCCCUUUUGCAACCGGUCCCAUUUCCGGAAGAAGCAUUAGCCGACAAGGAAGUUCAGGAAUCGGUGUUAAUGUGCGUAAUGCAACGUCUCGCCAAAGAUCCAAGAUGUACAGUUCAUCGAGUAUUACUUCCGGUACGGGAACCACGUCCCGGUUGGAUUCACAUUGUUGCACCUUCGAGUCCCGCUUGUCCCGAUCAAGGCGAAUUAUUCGGCGAAAUGUUAACAACGCUGUUGGGUUGUUGCUGUCGAAGAAAGCGGUUCAUCAGCUCAUUGAUGAAGCAAGCCGGCGGUGCUUGUAUUCUAUUGGGUGUAAGAGGCUGUGAUGCGGCUCAAGAGGCUCUCUGCCUCAUGCUAGAAUGGCGUCUAUUGCCAAACGAAGAGGCACGACUUCAAGUUGUUUCCGCUCUUCAAUCGACUGAAUCGGGGAGAAAUCGUUACGCCGCUCUUUGUCAGAAGCAGCGAAAUCUCCAAGAAUUGCAACAAAAAGGUGGACCGAGAAAAUUGACGCUUCCAGUUCGUGCCACCGAUGCGGAUGUUGCAUUACUUCUUGGAGGCGGAGCUUUGGGCAAUUUAGAGUGCUUGAGUUUGGCAUUCACUUCAGUGACGUCCGCUUGUGCCGAACAAUUAAUAAAAUUACCCGCCCUGAGGUAUUUGAAUUUAUGGGCGACUCAAUUUGGUGACGCGGGCCUACAAAUGAUAAGUGAACAUCUACAAAAACUUCAGGUUCUCAAUCUCUGCGAGACGCCUGUUUCCGAUAAGGGCAUUUCCACUCUGGCCUCAUUGACGAGCCUACGAAAAUUGAACCUGAACAGCACUAAAUUAUCGGCACAAACGUUUGAGUCGCUGAAGAAGAGAUUGCCGUCACUUCAGGAGUUUGACGUGCGCUACACGGAGGCCUGGUGACCCGAACUUACCUACAAUUCUUCAUCGAUCAAUGGCGAUUUCGAUCGACGAAAAAUUGAUGCUCCAAAUCAAAACGGCAACUCGUUUAAAAAAUCCAAUGCAAGGACAAAGAGUUAAGGCGGUUGGAUAAUUUAAAAGUAAAUCUUCGAGAUUCCCCUUUUUUUAAAAAAAUACUUUCUUCUCAAUUUCCACCAGUCACGAAAAAAAAGACACCACAAAAUAGAGAAUUUACUUUAAAAUGAAAGGAACCAAAAAAGAAGAGAUUUCUCGGAGAAAUGAAGAAAGCGCAGAGAAACAAAAAUUUAUUGAGAAAACGAAUUAAACGAAUUUUUGCGUCUUUCUAAAAGAAAUUCGAAAAUUUUGAAAAAUAGUGGAAAUUUUGCAAAAAAAUAAGUGAAGAAUUUUAUUUCUGAAUUAUGGAAGAAAAAAUAGAAGAAGAAAUAAUAUAAUUAUUGAAAAAGGAGAAAAGUUCAAUUGGAUCUGGAAGAAAGAGGGAAAGAAAAUUCGUCAACGUUAUUCAAAACCAAUCCGAAGAUGAUGAACUGAAUUGAAGAAAGGAAAUUCACAGUAUAAGGUAACUUUUUUCUUUUUUUUUUUACAAUUUGGGGACAAAUUUAGAAAUAAUUUCGGGAAAUUUUCCUGAAAAAAAACAAUUUUUUUCGAAAUCUCUUCACUUAAUGCAAAAGGAAACAAAAAAAAGAGUUUACAAAAUGAAAAGAAAACUUCUUGAACAUAAUAGAGUGAAAACAUUUAUCAAAAUAAAAUUUUCAUUCAAAUGAAAACUUUCAUAGAAAUGAAAAAACAAUUAUUUCGCCGAUAAAAUGUUUCGACGGAGGAUGCCAACUGCCUUAAAAAGAAAUUCUGAGCUACCACUGCCAAUAAGUGCGUGCAGAAACAGAAAUAAGAAAAAAAACAGUCCAGUUUUAAAAAAAUAAAAAGCUCCAUUCAAAAAAAAAAAAAACUCUCGAGUCACACUUUAUAAAACAAAAUAAACCGAGAAUUUUUAACUGUUCAAAAAAAGCAAAUUUUAAUUUAGAUUUAAUUAAAAUAAAAAAAUAUUUCUAUUCGAUGCAAAAUUUUCAAGAUUUUUUCAAUUUUUAAAAAGAAUU